AUGGCCGAGCAAACCUUCAUCAUGAUCAAGCCCGAUGGCGUUCAAAGAGGCCUCGUUGGUGAGAUUAUUAGCAGGUUUGAGAAGAAGGGUUUCUACUUGAAAGGUUUGAAAUUUGUGAAUGUGGAGCGUGCUUUUGCUGAGAAGCACUAUGCAGAUUUGUCUGCAAAGCCUUUCUCUAGUGGAUUGGUGGAUUACAUUAUCUCUGGCCCUGUUGUUGCUAUGAUCUGGGAGGGUAAGAAUGUUGUGACAACCGGAAGAAAGAUUAUCGGUGCCACAAACCCUGCAACGAAUCAACCUCCAAUCUCCAAGGUGCAAUCUGCAACAAUGGCUGAAUUUACAAUCUCUCGUCAACUUCAUCGUAACUCUUCUUUACCUCUUCUAAGACCGGUCCGCUUUCGGCCCAUUUCGGGUCCCUUUUUUUUAAUUUUAUUUAUUUCAGCAAUAUACAUAAUCGUUUGGGCUUUAGCUUACCAUUUAAGCCCAACGAGAUUCUCUCUAUACACCCUCCAUUUUGAUGUUUUCUAA